GUUUAAGGAAAGAUUUGAAGAGAUUUAUGAAAAAUUUCAUUUCAUUUGUCUCUUUUUAUAAGAUUUCUAAAUAAGAAUAAGACAUUCAUGAACAUAAUAACCCAAUUACCCAAUGCAGCCACCGAAGAGUGUGUUUGGUGAAGGCUUUCAGUGUCAGUGAAACAGAGAAUAAGGACGAGGAGGAGAAGAAGAAGGAUCUUGAGCAUGGACAAUUGAGGUGUGUUUGUCUCUGUUUGGAGCAGUUGAGAGUGCUCCAGAUUAAUGAAGUACUGACAAUUAUGAAGCUGCAAUUUUGAUUGAAGCUGGGUUUCCGGAUUGUAAUUUCAUCACUGAUGGGUUACAGAUGCAUUCAGUGCGGCUUUCCCAUCAAAAGACUUUACAUUCAGUACUCUCCAGGCAACAUUCGCUUGAUGAAAUGCACCCUUUUAUGUUGUAGGAGAAUUGCAAGGAAGUGGCAGACGAAUACAUAGAAUGUGAAAUCAUGAUUCUUGUAAUUGAUUUAAUACUUCACAAGCCCAAGGCCUAUAGACAUCUCCUUCACAAUGUCAUCAAUCAAGAAACCUUGAAGUUUCAGGGACUACUCUGGAAAUUGGCUGUCAUUUUUCUUCUUUUUGAAGCUUACAAGUUUUUUAUCUUGGAAAGCAGCAAGGGAAAAUUGGGUUCAUUAAUGAACUACUCUUCAUUGGUUUCAACAUGUUGGAAGAUGCUGAUGGAUGUCUUCUUUGGGAACUUUAUAUUUCUUUUAACUUUCUUCUUUAUGGUCAAGAUUUUUCUCCAUACUUCAAUCAGCGUCUCCAGGUGCAUUGACCUUUUGCUUGUACUCAUGAUUUCGGGUUACUUCAAGAUUUUUCUUGUUGCCAUGAUGGUCUGGGAAUUUCCAUCUUCUGUCAUCUUCAUCAUUGAAUUAUUUUGUUUAUCAUCUAAUGCAGUGGCAUUGAAAGUAACGACUGAGUCAACUAUGCGUUCAUGUGUUUGGACCUGCUUCAGUGCAUAUGCUAUAAAGUUCUUUGUCCCUCGGGUGCUGGAGCUCAUAUUGUUGGGGCAAUUAACGCAAGGCUAGAGUCAAAUUCCAUGCACAUUGUCUUUAAAGCCAGCAUGAUUUAGUUUUUGAAUUGUCAUGCUAAUGUAUUAGUUGGUAAAUUGUUGGCGAUAAAGUGUUUCUCAAUUGUAUGCAUGCACCUUGACAUUUUUUAUUUGAAGCUUAGAUUUUAUUGGUGUGC